AUGUUCAUUAACCGCUGAUUAUUUUCAACUAACCAUAAAGAUAUUGGCACCCUAUAUUURCUAUUUGGUGCUUGAGCAGGUAUAGUAGGAACUGCCUUAAGCCUACUAAUCCGUGCUGAACUGGGUCAACCUGGGACUCUACUCGGAGAUGAUCAAAUUUAUAACGUAAUUGUUACCGCACAUGCAUUCGUAAUAAUUUUCUUUAUAGUUAUACCAAUUAUAAUUGGAGGAUUCGGCAAUUGACUUGUUCCAUUAAUAAUUGGUGCUCCAGAUAUAGCAUUUCCCCGAAUAAAUAACAUAAGCUUUUGACUUCUCCCUCCCUCUUUUUUAUUACUUCUAGCAUCAUCUAUAGUUGAAGCCGGAGCAGGGACAGGCUGAACUGUUUAUCCCCCUCUAGCUGGCAAUCUAGCUCACGCAGGAGCUUCAGUAGACCUAACUAUUUUUUCUCUACACUUGGCGGGUGUCUCCUCGAUUUUAGGAGCUAUUAACUUUAUUACAACAAUUAUUAACAUAAAACCCCCUGCUAUAUCACAAUAUCAAACUCCUUUAUUUGUAUGAUCUGUAUUAAUUACUGCCGUACUGCUACUUCUCUCACUCCCUGUAUUAGCAGCUGGAAUUACAAUACUAUUAACAGACCGAAAUUUAAACACAACCUUUUUCGAUCCAGCAGGAGGCGGAGACCCCAUCCUAUAUCAACACCUGUUCUGAUUUUUCGGACAUCCCGAAGUAUAUAUUUUAAUUUUACCUGGCUUUGGUAUAAUUUCCCAUAUUGUAACUUACUACUCGGGAAAAAAAGAACCAUUUGGGUAUAUGGGAAUAGUCUGAGCUAUAAUAUCAAUUGGAUUUUUAGGGUUUAUUGUAUGAGCCCACCACAUGUUUACAGUUGGAAUAGACGUUGACACACGAGCCUAUUUUACAUCAGCCACUAUAAUUAUUGCUAUUCCAACAGGAGUAAAGGUCUUUAGUUGACUAGCAACACUUCAUGGAGGCAACAUUAAAUGAUCACCUGCUAUAAUAUGAGCUCUAGGCUUUAUUUUCCUUUUUACAGUUGGAGGACUAACCGGAAUCGUCCUUGCUAAUUCUUCUCUUGAUAUUGUUCUUCACGAUACUUACUACGUAGUUGCACAUUUCCACUAUGUCCUAUCAAUAGGAGCUGUAUUUGCCAUUAUAGGUGGGUUUGUCCACUGAUUUCCACUAUUUUCAGGCUAUACCCUUAAUGAUACAUGAGCUAAAAUCCAUUUUGUAAUUAUAUUCGUAGGCGUAAACAUAACCUUUUUUCCACAACACUUCCUAGGACUUUCUGGCAUACCACGACGAUACUCUGAUUACCCAGACGCAUACACAAUGUGAAAUACAAUCUCUUCUAUAGGCUCAUUUAUUUCUCUAACAGCAGUUAUACUAAUAAUUUUUAUUAUCUGAGAAGCAUUUGCAUCCAAGCGAGAAGUCUCAACCGUAGAAUUAACAACRACAAAUUUAGAGUGACUAAAUGGAUGCCCUCCACCAUAUCAUACAUUUGAAGAACCUACAUACGUUAACUUAAAAUAA